UCUCUCUCUCUCUCUCUCUCUCUCUCACACACACACACACACUAAUACAGUUCGAAACUCCGAAACAAUGAGCCUCUUUUCAUCAUUGUUGUUCUUUCUAUUGUUUUUAGUGGAAUUAGAAAAAACAUCUUCUUUUAGACAACAGAAGCUGUACGAAUUCCAAACAAAACUUCAGGAAAAAAAAACCUCCACUAUUUUGGCUUCAAAUCCAGAAGAGAAAACUGCUGGGAGAGUUUUCUAUCCACUUGGGUAUGGUGCAGACCCAACUGGGGCGCAAGAUAGCAGUGAUGCAAUUUUGAAUGCUGUGAAUGAUGCCGUCCAAGUGCAACAUGGGCUUGAAUUGUUACCUGGAAUUAAUGAUUUGGGUGGUGUUGUUAUUGAUUUGCAAGGUGGGAAUUACAACAUCAGCAAGCCCAUAAGGUUCCCUCCUGGUGUAGGCAAUAUUCUGGUACAAAGAGGCACAUUGCGAGCAUCAGGCACAUUUCCUGACGAUAGACAUCUGAUUGAACUAUGGGCAUCAAAUUCUCAGAAACUUGAAAAAAAUGCCUCUCCCCAUAAUAACACUCUCACUGAUACAAAAGCCCAAAAUGUUGGAAUCUACUAUGAGGACAUAACCUUCUGGGACAUCCUAUUCGAUUCAAGCUAUCUCGGAGGAGGUCUCUAUGUUAUCGAUUCAGCCAGAAUCCGCGUAAGCAACUGCUUCUUCAUCCACUUCACCACAGAAGGAAUCCUUGUCCAGAGCGGCCACGAGACCUUCAUAUCAAGCUCCUUCCUCGGACAGCAUUCAACUGUCGGUGGUGACCCCGGAGAGAGAGGCUUCUCCGGCACUGCCAUUGAUCUUGCCAGCAACGACAAUGCAGUCACUGACAUUGCCAUCUUCUCAGCAGCAACUGGGAUAGUCCUGAGAGGUCAGGCCAAUAUGGUCACUGGGGUACAUUGUUACAACAAGGCCACAUAUUUUGGUGGUGUGGGCAUUUUAGUAAAAGCAGCACAGACCAGAAUAGACAAUUGUUACUUGGAUUACAAUGCUAUAGUGAUUGAAGACCCUUCUCAGGUUCAUGUCACUAAUGGGUUUUUUCUAGGAGAUGGUAACGUUGUGUUGAAGUCCAUUAAAGGUUCGAUUUCAGGAUUGAAUGUGGUCAAUAACAUGUUUUGUGGGGAUCCAAAAAAUAUGGUACCAAUUGUGAACUUAGAUGGGCACUUCACAACCAUUGAUCAAGUGGUGAUCGAUCACAACAAUGUGAAUGGCAUGAGCUUGAAAUCGACGGUGGGGACGCUGACCGUGGCCGGAAAUGGGACACGGUGGGUGGCUGAUUUUUCAUCAGUUUUGGUGUUCCCCAACCAGAUAAAUCAUGUUCAGUAUUCAUUGUAUACACAAGAGGUUGUGGGGCUUCCUGGACAUGCAGUGACCAAUGUGACUAACAAUGUGGUGGUUGUUGAGAGUGAGAAAGCCAUUAAUGGGGUGGUUUCUGUGGCUGUUGAUCAGCAUAACAUGGUUGGAGAGAGAAACUUUCUCAUGUGAAAUACAGGGAAUUCAUUGAUUUUUGUCAAUUUUGGUUUCAUAUAGAAUUGAAAUUUUUGUUUCUAUUUAAAAGGUUUAUAAGAUUGAUUUUUUUAGUUAUUGGUGAAGGUUGGUUUUUUUUUUUUUUUUUUUUUUUUUUUUUCACUAUGUUGUUUCGACUAUUUUCUUCAUAUUAGUUGAAUAUUUUUAAUUUUAUUUAAGAUUAAAAUCAUAAAAUCUCAACUUGUUUCAGAAAAAUCCUUAUACUUUUAAAUAGUGAUCCCAUCCGCUAACAAGAGAAUGAAAUGAUAAAUUUAACCUUAUUAUUUAAUGUUAAAUUAAAAACUAAAAUUACUUUUUAA